GCCCGGCGCCGCCGGUCUGCUCGGCCCUCCGGGCCCCCUCUGCAGCCGGCCCCCGCCUCCCCGGAGCCAGGCUGGUUUCGGAAAUGCCCUUACAGCAGCAGGCCAAGCGAAGGCUGGAGCUCGGAGAAAGUGGGCAUCAGUACCUCUCCGAUGGUUUAAAAACCCCCAAGGGCAAAGGAAGAGCUGCACUACGAAGUCCAGAUAGCCCAAAAACUCCAAAAUCUCCCUCAGAAAAAACGCGGUAUGACACGUCCCUUGGUCUGCUCACCAAGAAGUUCAUUCAGCUGCUGAGCCAGUCGCCCGACGGGGUCUUGGACUUGAACAAGGCGGCCGAGGUGCUCAAGGUGCAGAAGAGAAGGAUCUAUGACAUCACCAACGUCCUGGAAGGCAUCCACCUCAUCAAGAAAAAGUCCAAAAACAACGUGCAAUGGAUGGGCUGCAGUCUGUCUGAGGACGGGGGCAUGCUGGCCCAGUGCCAAGGCCUGUCCAAAGAAGUGACCGAGCUCAGUCAGGAAGAGAAGAAAUUAGAUGAACUGAUCCAAAGCUGCACCUUGGACCUCAAACUGUUAACCGAGGAUUCAGAGAAUCAAAGGUUAGCUUACGUUACAUAUCAAGAUAUUCGAAAAAUUAGUGGCCUUAAAGACCAAACUGUUAUAGUCGUGAAAGCCCCUCCAGAAACAAGACUUGAAGUGCCUGACUCCAUGGAGAGCCUACAGAUACACUUGGCAAGUACCCAAGGACCCAUUGAGGUUUACUUGUGUUCAGAAGAGACUGAAACACACAGUCCCGUGAAAACGAACAACCAAGACCACAAUGGGAAUAUCCCCAAACCCACUUCCAAAGACUUGGCUUCAACCAACUCAGGACAUAGCGACUGCUCCAUUUCUAUGGCGAACCUUUCUCCUCUGGCCUCCCCAGCCAACCUCUUACAGCAGACUGAGGACCAAAUCCCUUCCAACCUGGAAGGGCCCUUCGUGAACUUGCUGCCGCCCCUGCUGCAGGAGGACUACCUGCUGAGCCUCGGGGAGGACGAGGGCAUCAGCGACCUCUUCGACGCUUACGAUUUGGAGAAGCUCCCGCUGGUGGAGGAUUUUAUGUGUAGUUGAUUGUGUUCCGUGUGGAUUCUCCUUACAAACCGCUAUUUUUUUAUCACGGACCCAGAACAUCUGUCAUGCAGUGUUGUCCCCUCCUACCUUUCUCCUCCAAGAGAGUAUCAUGAAGUAAACUACAAACUUCAGAACAAAGCUGACGUUUUGAUGAAAAAAAAAAAUUUUUUUUUUUUAAAUUGUCUAAACGCACAGUUGCAGGCUCCCCUGGGAAAGCUCUGCCUUGCCCCAGGCUCCAAAAAUCUCCUGGAUGAGUCAGCAAGUGAGAAAAUGUGCAAUCAGGUGUCUCUCACCCGUCCCCUCCCUCCCGCCUCCGUGCCCUCGCCCGCGGACUGGCUUGCUGUGCCUGACGGAUGGGCUGUGGGGUGGGCUCUGGCCACCCGGCCCACUCCAACACAGCCAUCUCCCUUAACAGCAUUUCAAGCCGUGCCUUCUCCGCGGAAUGCAUGUCUUUGGGGGCUGCUAAUACAGAACGGAACUACAGCAAAGGCAAACUUGAAGUCAUGCAAAAGUCUGAAAUGGAUUUCUUAAGCUCUUCUUAGGAAUAUUUAAAUUACUGUCGUAAUUCAGAUUAAGCUAUGGACCGCGUGUCCCGCUCGGAGGUCGAGGGAACCUCCACAGCCUCUCAGAUGAAGAACCUGUUUCCCAGGACUCGUACAGAAGACUGGUAGAGUUCUGCCACUCGCAGCUGUUGUGGAUUUUCCUGUCUCCAUUAUCCACUCCCAUCCCAGCGGUGUUUGUGAGUUUCCCUUGAUUUGUAGCAAUUACUUACUUAGGAGUUCUUUGUGAAUUGUUUUAGACGUUCUAUUUUUUUUUUUUUUUUUUUUUUUUUGGUGGUGUUUGGUU